CGACAAUCCACGCCGCGAGCAUCUACUUCUAUUUCUUCAGGGGAAAAAAGUAGAUGCGCGUCCGCGCAAGCAGUCCUUCCAGGACUCUGCUCCAUCUCGAGCGUCAGUAGUGGGUUUUCAAUGAAGGCCUUCAGCUACGAGACGGAUUUUGUCUUGGAAAGGCUCCCAGGACUCUUUUCAUGCAACGUGCGUGAUUCGGCUACGUCAUUUGUUUUCGACUACGCCGUCCGUUCUUUUCCUCUUAUCUGGUUACUUCUGUCGCUCCUUUGCCUCUACACCUGGCUGUCUCUCGUCUCGUUCCUGGCUAAGUUGAUGGAUAGCACCGACAACGCCAUGGUUGUCAAGCGCUCUUUUUUUUCUAGGGACAAGGUUGCUAAGGCUUCCAAGGCCUCUAGGAGGUCGUUUGAUGGGCAUGCGAGGAUGAAGAUGCAGGAGACGCUGGAAAAUUCGAUGGAUGAUCCGUUUCAUAGCCCAAUAGUAACGUUGGUUGUGAGUCGAGAUCAGCGUCUUUUCGUAGCUCACGAAGACAUUCUGUCUCGAUCUCCGUACUUUGAUACGGUGCUUAGGGAUCAGUUCCCGGCCGGAAGCGUGAACAAGGCUUUGAUUUUGCCCGACGAAGAGCCAGAAGUUAUGUCCUGCGUUCUCGAGUUCCUGUAUAAAGGUGACUAUACUCCGCGCCUACAACCCAAAAAGGGCCGGAAGACAUGGGAACUCGAGAGCUUCCAGGACGCCAACCACCCGGGCGGCAGCGGCCUGAGCCAGUCGACGAUCUUUCACUCUGGAGUGGGAGAUCUCGUUCUCCGGGAUACUGCAGUGUACUGCGCGGCCGAGAAGUAUGGUCUCGAAGGGCUCAAGGACCUUGCUCUGCGCAAGCAGGGCUUGCAUACUGGUAUCCCAAUCGAGAUCCUACUCCGGUCUGCGCGAUAUGCGUACGAUAAUACACCGGACUCAGAGUCCCGUCUGCGCGCCCAUUACCUGGCCAUGAUCAUUCGGACCCGCGACAUCUUCAAGCGCAGCGGAACCAUGCAACUCGAGAUGGAAAUGGGACACAAGUUCUUCUUUGAUCUGUUCGUUGCCAUGUGUAAUCAUAUGGACGAUCUUGGAGAGAUGAGCUGGAAGUGAUCUCUCCCGGAAUCUACAUGGUGCACAACAUUCAGAAACAGAAAAUCCAAAAAAAAAAAGGAGAAAAGAAUUAAUCUCUAUACCGAAUUCAAAGCACAUCAUUUACGCCAGAUUGCCAGAACAACAUGCAACUUUUUUUCCAACUGAAAUUUGCGCUUUUCCAAGCUGGCUGCCGGCAUCGGCGCCAUGAAAGUUGCCUAAUUACUUAUUUGCGUCGACUGCACCACGCCCAUUAAUAUCUGUUCACUGCUCUGGUCUGUGUUUUGCGAGUUAAAGAGACUGCCAACCACCUGCCCACUGUUAUUUCUGCACCUUUGUGUCAUCUCCACUCUUUGAGUCGCUCAUGGUACUUAACCACUGCCUGGUCUGAAGAGGCCGCCGGGAGACGAAUAUAAUGUGUGACAUGACCAGGUAAUGCUUAUGUGCUUCUAAGACUCGAGCUUGGUAGACCGUAGGCCUGAAAGCUGUCUGAGGUAUG